UAUCAACAGUGUCAUCAAAAAACUCACACUGACAAUGCGUCAGAAUCGAUUCAAAUCGCGAGUUUAGAUUAAAGUACUGUCGGCGUGAAAAGUGUUUGGUUAUUUUUUGAGAAAUGCUAAAGCCGAGAUGCCGCAACGCGCGUCGCAGUCAACGCUGAUGCGACCGUUGGUGGUGCUGGCCCUGCCCGGAAUGUAUUUGCUGUAUAAAUACAACCAGUACAGACAGCAGCAAAUGGAGACCGCGCGGCGCCGCGUCACCGAGCGUGAGCUGAUGCACCUCAACACGAAAAUCGACAAAUUGCUCAAUAAACUGGAAGAGAACGAGCCCGAACUAGCCACGUCGCCCGAGGAAGAAUGCGUAAUAUGUGUGAACGCGAAAGCGACCAUGCAGACUUCACCCUGCGGGCACCGCGUGGUCUGCCGCCGGUGCUUCGUCAAGACCAUCCAGAUGGCAGUCAGUCAGAGGCUGCUGCCUCUACGCUGUGUCAUUUGUCGCGCCAAGAUACUGCGUCUGAGGCAAGCACCACGACUUGUCACAAGCAAAAGUUGGCAGGUAUCGGGCAGCAGCGGCAAGGCGUGGGGCGUCCCCGGCUCGGUCUCGUCUUACUCGGUGGGGGCGCGGUCGGUGCCGGCCUCGGCGUCCCUGUACUCUGUUACCAGCGGCGAGUCUUCCCUUUCUGGAGUGUCUUCCGUAUCGUCGAACAGCGGUGGAAACAUAAAUGGCUGCUCCACGAAGCUGUGCAGCGGGGCGAAGUGCGGCGGAGUGUGCCUGGGAGCCGUACCUCGGGCUCCGGCCGCGACGGCGCCCCCUCGGGCAAGGCAGCCGGCCUCCAACUCGCUGAGACGAUCACAGCAUCAUAGCAUGAAGGCUAGGUUACAAGAGUACCAGGUGCUCAGCUACACGGGGGGGCCCGCAGGCGAGCCCUCGGGCCGGCUGCCGCCGAUCCGAGAGUUCCAGCGGGAGUUCCGGGAAGGGCGCCGGGAGAGCGCUGCAGCCGCCUCUGCCUCUACUAGGAUAAGAUGUGCACAAAAAAUUGUGACACAAUUAGAAACAUCACCGCAAAAGAACAAAAACUUCUUCCGGCCUCUAAAACCAUCAAAUAAAGACGAUCCCCCAAAGUCCAGAGAUCAAAGCAAAGAGACUGAAAGAAAAAAAGAUAACCCCAAAGCAAAGCCCAAAAAAGAAGAUAAAAAGAAAAAAGAAGACGAUAACAAACCAGAAGAAAAGUCAAAAAAAGACGAAAACACGGAUAACAAAAAGAAUGAAAUAGCAGAACGAAAGAAGGAAGAAAAACUAAGACUAAAAGCAGAAAAGGAGGCGAAGAAAGAAGCCAAGCAGCAGGCUAAAGAAGAGGAAAGACAAGCCAAACUUCUAGCGAAAGAAGAAGAAAGACAGGCCAAAUUACUAGCAAAAGAAGAAAAGAAAAAAGCUAAAAAAGAGGCGAAAUUGGCCGCGCAGGCAGAGAAAGAAAAAAAUAAAUAAUGUAAUUAACAUUUUUACAUUGUAGAAACUCGUAGCCGUCUUAAAAUUAGAUUCGAAAUUGUUAUUAUUGAGGAAUCGUAAAAUAAUUUUAUUAGUGUACUUAGAAUGUCUAUUGUAGUCCAUAUAAAUAUUAACAGUAAAGUACUCUUACUGUUAAAGUUAUUUUUUUACUUCAAUCGGAUAAUUUAUUGAGUUCGUGCUUUGAUACUGAUUUACAUGAAUUACUUAAACUUUGUUGCAAUUUCUUUCGAAAUUGUUAUUUGGAUUAGGGUCGUUGUAUAUAGUUUUAAUGUCAAAUGUUAUAAAGAGAAGCAAUCUAAAUACAUAGUUGUUGGGUCAUAGUUGGAACUCUACAAACUGCUAAGACUGAAAGAAUGGGAUAAUGAAAUCAUAUCGUUUUGUAUUUAAUUGUUUAACAGUAAAUUUAAGAGCUUCGUGCAUACCAGCACCGCCAAAGAAUUUAUUUAUUACUUAGGUACUAAUUUGUCGUAAUUAGUUCUGUAGGUGACACUUUACUUGAAUUUUCGUAAUUAACAUUGUUGUUUAGGUACUCUCUUUGUCUGUACAAGUUAUGAUUGGAAUAGAAUUAAUAGGUAUUAUAUUAUAUACUUUCAGAAUUACUUUGGUAAAAAUGAUUCUAUAUCGGAUAGAUGUCUCAGAUCACCGCCUACUGCACAUCUUGGUAUCAGUGCACCGGCUCACACACCCUUUAACGUGAAACACUACAGACGAAAUAUGAGAGAUACGAGGAGACGAACGAAUCCAUCUAUCAUAUUUUACGAUAAGAUUCGAGCCUAUAUGAUAUCAUUUUCAAAUUGAUGGAAAACGUCUCAUUGCGACAUACUGUGACUUAAUAGUCAUAGGGUCACUUAAAAUUACUAAAACAUAAUUUCAUUUAACUAGCUACUUAAUUUUUUUUUCUAUUCCAAUCACAACAUAAGCAGUUAUAAUUUUAAAUAUGUAGUUUAACUUUAUUUUCUUGAAAUUCCGGCUAAAUAAGAUCAUUUAAGCUUUAACGUUGUGAACAAUAGGUAUUCUAAAAUACGUAUGGAAAAUAUUAUCAGAAAAAAUAGUUUAACAAAUACCCCAUACCAUAUACCUACUUAUCUACAUGGGAUUAAUUGUAAAACAUCAACAAUCAUUAAAUACGUUAAUAUGUUCUUAACUCUUUGCACAUCGCAUCGCCGUUUUAUUACCUACGCGUCCUUAUAUGAAAUAAAGCAGAGGGAUUAGUGCUUGUUUUACUCGAUCAAACGAAUCGAGCACAUAAAUGCGAAUUUGUAUGUUACCACUAGUUUCUUUGAUCCAGUUAAAACUCGCACUUACCCCACAGACUUACAAAUAUCACGUACGAUACUACAAUAAAACCUUGGCAGAUCAGUUUAAAUGUACCUAUUCAGUUAUGAACUAAAUCGUAGAACAAAUUUUGUCAGUUACGUAGCCCUGCUAAGUUUAUGAUGAUUUACAAAUAACCCUUUAUUGUGAAAUAUUUUAA